AGGAUAACGGUUAGGUUUUUUUUUUAAUUGCAGUAUAACAAAUUUUCAAGAUGUCGACGUCUGCGAUAUAUAUUUUAGACGUGAAGGGAAAGGUUUUGAUCUCACGAAAUUAUCGUGGAGACAUAGAAACGGGUGUUAUAGAAAAGUUCAUGCCUCUCGUAAUGGAACGCGAGGAGGAGGGCAACCUUACUCCGAUUAUACAAACCGCAGAAUGCACAUAUGCAUAUAUAAAGUACAAUAAUUUGUAUAUUGUAUCCACUACGAAGAAGAAUGCAAAUAUUUCUUUAGUAUUUGUAUUCCUGCAUAAACUGGUGCAAGUGAUGCAAGAAUAUUUCAAGGAAUUGGAAGAAGAAAGCAUACGAGAUAAUUUUGUAGUCAUUUAUGAACUUCUAGAUGAAUUAAUAGACUUUGGUUAUCCGCAAACCACCGAUAGUAAGAUAUUACAAGAGUACAUUACGCAGGAAGGUCAUAAACUUGAAAUUCAACCGCGCAUUCCCAUGGCUGUGACUAAUGCUGUAUCCUGGAGAUCAGAAGGUAUAAAAUACCGUAAAAAUGAAGUGUUUCUAGACGUGAUAGAGUCCGUGAAUCUUCUUGCAAAUGCUAAUGGAAAUGUUUUAAGUUCUGAAAUUGUGGGUGCGAUAAAGAUGAGAGUUUAUUUGUCUGGAAUGCCGGAAUUAAGACUUGGUCUUAAUGACAAAGUAUUAUUCGAAUCUACAGGCCGUGGAAAGUCCAAAUCUGUCGAAUUGGAAGAUGUGAAAUUCCAUCAGUGUGUCAGAUUGUCUAGAUUCGAGAACGACAGAACAAUUUCAUUCAUUCCUCCGGAUGGAGAGUUUGAAUUAAUGUCUUACAGACUGAAUACACACGUAAAACCUCUGAUAUGGAUCGAAUCUGUCAUUGAGAGGCAUGCCCACAGUAGGGUAGAAUACAUGAUAAAAGCGAGAUCGCAAUUUAAGAGGCGUUCUACGGCCAACAAUGUAGAAAUAGUAAUCCCAGUACCCAACGAUGCAGACUCUCCCAAAUUUAGGACUACCAUUGGUAGUGUUAAAUAUUCACCAGAGCAGAGUGCAAUAACUUGGUUCAUUAAGUCGUUUCCUGGUGGUAAAGAAUAUCUGAUGAGGGCACACUUUGGUCUACCAUCUGUCAUUGGGGAAGACGUGGAAGGAAAGCCACCGAUUCAAGUAAAAUUUGAAAUUCCGUAUUUCACUACUUCUGGAAUCCAAGUGCGUUAUUUGAAAAUUAUAGAAAAGAGCGGGUAUCAGGCACUACCAUGGGUGCGGUAUAUCACGCAAAAUGGAGAUUACCAGCUGAGGACAAAUUAAACGUAAGAAAUUUUUGAAGGGAAAAGACAUUUUUAACAUGUUACGCCAAUGUUAAUCGUAGAUAUAAAAGUGAAAACUAGUCGGUUUGCUACGCUUGGUACGCUUCCGAACACAUUUACAAUGAAAUUUAUGGCAAGUUUCGGAAACGAUUAUGAUCCGUAUAAAAACUGAGAUUUUAUAGAAUGUAAAACUAGUGUUUGCGAUAUUGACUAGUAAUUUAUCGUCAUUGAUCUUUAUCUGACACACUUAGUAUGAUUUCAAUUCCUUUUGCAGUUUUGACACUUUAACAUUUUUUUCGUGUUCUUCAUGUUCUGUAUAUAAUUUUUUAGGAACACUUGCAAUAAUUUCCUCUCAUAGUACUAUAAACUAUGCAAAUGCAAAGUAUGUACUUAAUUUACUAGUUGUAAUACGUUUUGAUCCUAUGUUAUAAAUGUGUAUUCCAACGAAAUUAUCCAAUGUAAAAAAGAAAAAGAAAAAUUGUAAAUAUAUAGAAAAUAAUUGUAUUUGAAUGUUUUCAUGGAAUUGUUAACGAAUUAAUAGGCGUUUUCCUGUACUAACAUAAUCUGUAAUAGUAUUAUAGACUUAUUAUUGUAUGUCAGUAUGACAACGAAUAAUAAUAUUGUUUUUAUUAUAAUAAUAAUUUAAGAUACACAGAAGAUUUAUUAAAUUUUUAACAAAAUCUA